UUGCGACAGCAUUUGGUUCAGAGUAUCUCUUCCUUAAUUUGGCCGACCUGCGAUCAGCCGAUCACCGCCAAACAACUCCUUACGCUGCUAUAUAUGGAGCCUUCAAUUUCAAAACGGAAUUCGACUCAAACAAAGAAGGAAAUAGAAAAAGAUUUCAAAUGCGGGGCUUAGCUUGUAACGCCUGUAACAAGGAGUUUUUUGAUGAAAAUGAGCAAAAACUUCAUUACAAAUCUGAAUGGCACCGUUACAAUCUUAAACGCAAGGUUGCCAGAGUUCCUGGGUUGACAGAGGCACUCUUUGUAGCCAGACAAUCUGCACUUGCAGAAGAACUUGCAGAAGAAAAUAGAAGAUUAAGUGAAACUCCGGUGCUAUAUAGCUGUGGUAAUUGUGGCAAAGAAUACAGAAGCUGUACGGCUCAUGCUCAACAUCUGCAAUCUAAAAGUCACCUAGCACGGGCUUCGCGAGAGCUAGGUCAUCAUGAUGAGAAUAGCUCUAUCAUCAAGCCUCUUCCACGCCAACCUUCACGUGAGCCUUCCGACAAGGCAGACGAAGAUAUUAGCGGAAGCGAUGAAGGCGAGUGGGAGGAGGUCGAUUCAGAAGAAGAGAUGGUUGGUGGGGCGACUGCCUCGUUGAAUCAAUUAAAGAUGAAUGGAAGUACUCCUAAUGGUACUAUUGAUGAAGAUAGUGAUCUUGAUGAAUGCAUUGAUGAGUUGGGUCCGUGCUGUUGUUUCAUGUGUGAUUUAAAACACGAUACGAUAGAAAGCUGCAUGGUCCAUAUGCACAAGAAGCAUGGGUUCUUCAUUCCUGAUGUCGAGUAUCUGAAGGAUCCUAAAGGCUUCCUCACUUAUCUUGGUCUCAAGGUUAAAAGGGAUUAUAUCUGUCUGUAUUGCAACGAUAGAUGUCACCCUUUUUGUAGUUUAGAAGCAGCUCGGAAGCAUAUGGAAGCAAAAGGUCAUUGCAAAGUGCGUUAUGGUGGCGGUGGUGAUGAUGAAGAAGCGGAACUAGAAGAGUUUUAUGACUAUAGCAGCAGCUAUGUGGAUGCAAAUGGACAGCAACUUGUUUUGUCCGAUGAUGUUGACAACAGUGUGGAACUUGGAAGUGGUGGAUCUGAACUCAUCAUAACCACAAGAACUGAUGAUGGAGCGUCUGUUAAAGCACUUGGAUCAAGAGAGUUUUUGAGAUACUACCGCCAGAAGCCAAGGCCUACGCGCGCUAAUGAUAUAGCUUUAAGUGCUGCCUUAGCCUCGAGGUAUCGAAUCAUGGGUCUAGCAACCGUGCAGUCGAGGGAGCGCAUGGUUAAGAUGAAGGUGUUGAAGGCCAUGAAUAGAUGUGGCGGGGACGCAAUGCUCUCUAAGAUUGGCAUGAAAAGCAAUGUCAUUCGUAACCUCCCUAAAAAUACACCAUAUUAGUCCCUUCCAUAUGAAUGCACCAUAUGGUUUAUUUUGCAAUAUUUCUAUGAGUGCUAUAAUAUUAUCUAGCAAAUACUGGUUUUUGGAUUACACCAUAUAGCAAUGUUGUUUUUCCUUCUGAGACA